CCAAGCACGUGAAGGGUCCCCUGCGGCAAGUGGGUCACAUCACCCCGAAGGCAGCGCGGGAGAGAGCAGAGCGCCGGCGCAGGCACAGCAAGCAGCAAUUCAGUUCAAGACACAGCAAGGUGAAAACAGCUUCUUCAAGGUCAGAUGGAGAGGGGAACCUUUAGAAACCGUGCUGCUGGAUUUUUCUUCCUCCUCCCUCUGGGCUCACGGCACACCCCAGGAUGAAUUAGCAGGGAUUCUUCCUUGUGGGCUUAUUGCUGGGAGUCCUUCGGGUAUUAAACUGCCCAUCCGGGUGGUUUUACAGAGGCCAGCGGAGUUGCCCAGUGGCAGGGAAGGAGGAAGCGUGUGCCGGAUGUUGGGCUGCUGUUGAAAAGCAAAACCCUGCCUGUACGCAGGAGAGGGAUUUCAGGCAGCGCCCGAGCCCUUCCGGCAGAGCCCCGGCAGCGCGGCGAGGGCAUCGCGGCACAGCCGGCCACGCUGCGCCGAGGGACGGCACCGGAGGGGACCUGGGGCCCGGGCUGUCCCCACGGGCGACUCUGCCCCGAGGGGCUGCAGCUCCUAGUCUGGUUACAACCCCCCCCCAGGAUGCUUUUUGGGGUGUUUUUCUCUCUCCUGUGUCUCAUCCACUCGGUGCCGGAUCCUGCAGCGCCCACAGCCCAUGUGACCUUGCCACGCUGGGGUGACUCUCCCCACCCUUCCCAGCGCAGGAAGAACCAGUCGGUACAGGGCAAACGUGGUGCCCAGCUCCAAAACCUCUUGCCAUGGCGUAGCCAUGAUUUCUAACCGUUAGGUAUUUUCAGGUGACAUCCUGUGAUGGCAGGGGAAGAAUGUGCAUUAGCUGUCCUCUUACAAGUGCUGCAAGGUCUCACGCUUAAAGACUUCCAGGAGUUUAAGUUGAAGUUAUCAGAGGUUCACGUGGAAGGAGGAUGGAAUAUCCCCAAGGAUUUGCUGACGAAGGCCGCCCACCCUUGCGCCCUUGUCAGCUGCAUGGGCAAGACCUACAGCAAAGACACCGCGAUGGACAUAGCGAUUGGGUUGUUCGAAGAGAUGAAUCAGAGAGACCUCGCUGAGAAACUCCUGGCUGAGAAGGUGAAAGAGUACAAGCAGAAAUACAGAGAGCACGUGGUCCGGGAGUUCCUCCGGUACAAAGAUGUGAACUCUUGUCUCGGGGACAAUCUGUCAGUCAGCAGCCGCUACACCGCCCUGACCAUCACCAGGAAGCCUCGGAGCAAGCAUGGGGGCAAGCACGAAGCCAUGGGCACCGGCUGCGGAGGUGCCGAUGGCAGCAAGGGACCUGCCACCAUCACCGUCACCACGCAAACGCUGUUUAAACCCGGCGAAGAUGGGCAAACGCCGCAGGUCGUGGUGCUGGUGGGGGCCCCGGGGAUGGGGAAGACGAUGACGGUCAGGAAGAUGAUGGUGGAGUGGGUGGAAGGGACCGCCUAUGCGCAGUUUGACUAUGUCUUCUGCAUUGACUGUAAAGGCAUUGCCUUUACCAAGGAAGCGAGCGUGGCAGACCUGGUUUCAAAGUGCUGCCCUCACAGGCGAACACCAGCCAGGAAGAUCCUGGAUGACCAGAAAAAGAUCCUGUUCAUUUUUGAUGGUUUUGAGGCCCUGGGGUUUUCCUUGGUUCGGCCCGAAGAUGAGCUGAGCUCUGACCCCAAGGAAGUGAAGCCGCUGGAAAUCACCCUGAUGAGCUUGUUGAAGAAGACCGUUCUCCCCGAGUCCUCCUUGCUCAUCACCACAAGGCCGACAGCUCUUCAAAGCCUGGGGCAGUGCCUGGAGGGUGAGUAUUAUGCAGAAAUACUGGGAUUUUCAGCAGCCAUGAGGGAGGAAUAUUUCCACAGGUAUUUUGAGGACAACAAUAAAGCUGAUGUGGCCUUCAGGUUUGCCAGAGGCAACGAGAUCCUCUGCAGUUUGUGUGUCAUCCCCAUCAUGAGCUGGACCGUCUGCACCAUCCUUGAACAAGAGCUUAAAAAGAAGAAAAACCUCAUCGAGUGCUCUAAAGUCACCACGUGGAUGAGCGUGUUUUACCUCUCCUGGUUAAUGAAGUGCAGAAGCAAGGACAACCCGCAGGACCUCCAGCGGUUCCUACACAAGCUUUGCUCCUUGGCUGCCAACGGCAUCUGGAAGCACAAGGUCCUCUUUGAGGAGACAGAAGUCAAGGGCUGUGGCUUGGACCAGCCAGACCUUCUCCCUCUCUUCCUCAAUGAGAAGAUAUCAAAGAAAGGUGAAGACCAUGGGAACACCUACAGCUUCACCCACCUGCACCUCCAGGAGUUUUUUGCAGCGAUGUUUUAUGUCCUGGAGGACCAUGAGGAAAUGGUCGGUGACUCGGGGACUCUUGUGAAGGAUGUAAAUAUAUUGUUAGAAAACUAUAACGAGUCCAGGAAUGAUUUGAACUUAACAGUGCGAUUCCUGUUUGGUCUGUUAAGCCCAAAAUUGAUAGAGUACGCAGACAAAAGCAUCGGGUGUAGAAUUUCACCACGAGCCAGGGAAGAUAUGCUGAGGUGGCUCCAGGGGAGGCACAAAAACAUCCCCCAUCCCAGCCAAGCGCUUAAGGUUUCAGAGUUGGAUACUUUCCACUUUUUGUUCGAGAUGAACGAGAAGACCUUUGCACAAAGGGCGUUGGAUCGUUUCACGGCCAUAGACUUGCAGGACAUCAAGGUGACCCUGUACGACCAAAUGGCUCUUUCCUUCUGCAUCAGGCAGUGGGCUGGGCUGGGCUGCGUCACGCUCCGGGGAUGCUCCUUCGACCAGCAGGAUCCCGGGGAGGAGCUGGUCACGGCCGUGCCUCGCUCCAGCGCCUCAGGAGCCAGAGGACGUCCCCGUCCCCUCGCUGAGGAGCCGCCUUCCCCCAUCCAGCCGCUCUGCCGGGCGCUGCGGCACCCGGGCAGCGCCCUGCGGGUGCUCCGGCUGCAGUGGUGCGGGCUGUCGGAGAGCUGCUGUGCGGCGCUGGCGGCACUGGUGGCCGAACACCCCAGCCUGGCCCGGCUGGAACUGGGUGACGGCGCACUGGGCGACGGCGGCGUGCGCCUGCUCUGCGGGGGGCUGCAGCAGCCCAGCUGCCGCCUGCGUGUCCUGCGGCUGUGGUACUCCCGCCUCACCAGCGCCUGCUGCGAGGACCUGGCCGCUGUGCUGGGCACCAGCCCGCAACUGGAGGAGCUGGAUUUGUCCUUCAGCGAGGGGCUGCGCGAUGCCGGCGUGCAGCUGCUGUGCCAGGGGCUCCGGCACCGCUCCUGCCAGCUGCGGACGCUGCGGCUGGGGAGCUGCCGGCUGACGGGCGCCUGCUGCCAAGCCCUGGUCUCUGGGCUGGUGGAGAACCCUCACCUCACCUCCCUGGACCUGAGCGACAAUGAGCUGGGAGCUCCCGGCAUCCUGCAGCUCUGCCAGCAGCUCCGGCAUCCCGCCUGCCCGCUGCAGGCCCUGGGACUGAGCACGUCUGGGUUAAAUGAGGAAGCGCUGCAGGAGCUGGCCGCGCUCCAGGCACUGAAGCCUGACCUGAAGGUCGGGUACCUCCUUGAGCACGACCCGCCGCAGACGGGGGCCAUGGCCCGGCUGCCCUUCCACCGCGGGGUCCUGCCGGGCGCGGGGGGGCCGGGGGGCAGGAAGGGGCUCCCCUCCUUUAGGAGAGGUGCUCCCAACAGCCGGAGCCACUUCUAACCCGGUUCUCUCCGCUGUUGAAAGGGGGUGGGGGGAGCCACACGUGGGGGCACAGGGGGUCCUGCUUGCAUCUGCUGGGGGUUGGGACAGAGCUGUUCCAAAUUCUUCCCUCUCCCAUUCCCCCACACGUGUCAUUGGGAAUAAGUUGUGGGUGUUUACCGAUGCCAAAUAAAAACCCUAGAGCCAGGAA